CAGGGGACAGGCGGAUGUUUUGACAUUACUUGUUUCUCCGUUUGAUUAAACAGACAAGGUCCCUGAUCUGUUAAAAAACAGGCUGAACGACAAGUCACGCAGGGAAAGAGAUGAGGUCAGCGGGAAGGUGGACUUUGCUGAUUCUUCUCGUGGGUUUGAAAGCACGAGACUGUUUUUCAUCCAAAGCCGAGGACCGGCUAUUCAGGAAGCUGUUUCGACGAUACAACCAGUUCAUCAGGCCAGUGGAGAAUGUUUCUGACCCUGUCACUGUGGAGUUCGAGGUCUCCAUCUCGCAGCUGGUCAAAGUUGAUGAGGUGAACCAAAUCAUGGAAACAAAUUUAUGGCUCAGGCAUAUUUGGAAUGACUACAAGCUACGAUGGAUACCGGGCGAGUUUGAUGGGAUUGAGUUCAUCAGAGUUCCAUCGAACAAGAUUUGGAGACCUGACAUUGUGCUGUACAACAAUGCUGUGGGUGACUUCUUGGUGGAGGACAAGACCAAAGCCUUGUUGAAGUUUGAUGGUACAAUCACCUGGGUUCCUCCUGCCAUUUUUAAAUCCUCGUGCCCAAUGGAUAUCACCUACUUCCCUUUUGACUAUCAGAACUGCUCUAUGAAGUUUGGCUCAUGGACUUAUGACAAAGCCAAGAUUGACCUGGUUCUCAUUGGAUCCAAGGUUAAUCUGAAAGACUUCUGGGAGAGUGGCGAGUGGGAAAUCAUUGAUGCUCCAGGCUACAAACAUGACAUUAAAUACAACUGCUGUGAGGAGAUCUACCCAGACAUCACCUACUCCUUCUACAUCAGGCGCCUGCCACUCUUCUACACCAUCAACCUCAUCAUCCCCUGCCUCCUCAUCUCUUUCCUCACAGUGCUGGUUUUCUAUCUCCCAUCUGACUGUGGAGAGAAGGUCACGCUCUGUAUCUCUGUCCUGCUCUCCCUCACUGUGUUCCUGCUGGUCAUCACGGAGACCAUCCCCUCCACAUCCUUGGUCAUCCCACUCAUUGGAGAGUACCUGCUCUUCACAAUGAUCUUCGUCACACUCAGCAUUGUCAUCACAGUGUUUGUGCUGAACGUCCAUUACCGCACGCCAAUGACCCACACGAUGCCAUGCUGGGUGCGCUCGGUGUUUCUCAAAGUGCUGCCGAGGAUUAUGUUGAUGCGGAGGCCGAUUGAUGAGGAUGACAAGGCUGGGCUGUUGGACAGCAGUGGGGAAGCAGGAGGAGGUGGAGGGGGAGGAGGAGGCGGGGGAGGGAAAGGAGGGAAGAAGCGAAAGAAUAGCCUGAUGCAGCAGGUUGGAGGAGGAUCGCUCAACUGUUUGGAGUUUGGGGACAGUAAGCUCUCCUCUGUGGAGGGCUGUACUGGAACGCAAUGUCCUUGCCCCUGCCAACAUGGGAGGGAAACCCCAGACAGGUCAGCCUCUGGAAAGAUGACUCGUCAGCUGAGUCCCCAGAGCAUCAACACAGUAGUGGCCUUCUCUGUGGUGUCUCCAGAGGUCAAACAGGCCAUCGAAAGUGUCAAGUACAUUGCUGAGAACAUGAGGAGCCGGAACAAGGCCAAAGAGGUGGAAGAUGACUGGAAGUACGUUGCCAUGGUGAUUGAUAGAAUCUUCCUUUGGGUGUUUGUGACUGUAUGCGUCCUGGGGACCGUGGGCCUAUUCCUCCAGCCUCUUUUUGGCUUUGUCUCAUAACUGCUAACCAGUUAGGGUUUUCUGUUACCAUGUGAAACCAAUAACUAAUGCACUAUAAGUUCUCAGUUAACCAAUUAAAAGUCCUAAAGUACUACUGGCUGUGCUAGUUUUACCUCUUCCAUAUGGCAUGAAUCAAUUAUCAAUUAACAGAGAUGUAAUGAAGCUGAGAAAAAAAUAUUUUGGGCUUGCUGGUAAAAUAUAUCAAGGUUACAAUGAUC